CUACAAAUACACACAGCAUCUACCCUUCAAAAAUCAAACGGAAAAUCUAUUUCCGAUCACUUCUUCUUCCUCCGAUCUGAUACUCGCUAUCCAUGUCGACCGCACCGAGAAAUAACUCCGGCAGUCCAAGCCGCCUCCAGCGGCGCGCUCCGGUCUCUCUACAGAUUAGACCACCGGUAUCGAGCUGGAACGUAGCCAUCCCCCUGCUAUCACCGCUCGCGACGUCGCCUAAGGCAUCCGAUCGGUUAGUCAUGAGGGAGGAGCCGCCGAAACAGGAACAACGGCGUAACCAGAGCGCGGAGCCGGAAAAGCUUGUGUUCAAGAUGUGGCAGCAUCCAGCGGCGCCGUUCUGUCACGAACCGGUGUCGUUGCCUUCUUUCGUGCCGGUAUAGACGUAGAUGAAAAAUUACUGUGGUCAGAUAUAACUGCGCGUAUGUUACAGUAGAUCUUCCAAUUUUUGUAUACAAUAUAAUCUUCUCUCCUCUUUUUUUUUUAUUUUUAAGUACUUCUGUGUAUAUUACUUUCACAUUACUUUGAUUACUAACUCUAUCUCCAUCUAUUUAAAUAGUUUAGUGUUAAUUGUUUUUAUUAAAAGUAAAAAAUCUUA